CAUGCACAUGAAAUCUAUUGUGAAUUGCCACAGCUUUUGUUUGUAUCUUUGAUUUCACUAAAUGAUAUUCAGCGACGAGUGGGGAAAAGUGAAAUUACAGUCUACCUGAAACAUCACGGUUUUUAGUGAAAAAUAUUUCGAAAAACGUAUUUCAAUAUGAAGCACAAUAAAUUAUAUUGUGUUUUGUUUGCUUUGUGCUUAGUGACGCAUAGUAUUGUUUUGGCAAGUGCCAGCCGUACAAAAGGCAGUAAUCGCAAAACAUCAUCUAAUAGUCAUGUGACGAGACCAACUCACUCUACAAACACUGGCAAUUCUCAUUCAGAUUUGGCAAAAUUAAGUUAUUCGAAUUAUAACUCACAACCAAAUCGACCAGCAAACACAGGCACAGCUUCUCAUACUCCUGCACCAAUUGGUUGGAAUGUACCAAAUAAACAAGGACCGCCACCAGCGUAUUCAGCUAAUAAUCCUGUUGGAGGAGCAAAAACGAAUAUACAUGAGGCACCACCUAAUUACGGAGCAAGUGGAACAAACGUACAUACACCAAUAACUGCUACAAAUGCACAUAGUGUACAAUCCAGUUAUCCAGGACAGCAUGGAGCUAGCUACCCAGUACAGCAAGGAGCUACUUAUCAUAGUCCUGGAUCUCUUCCUCCUGGUGCAACUUAUUAUCCUGGUGGACAUGUGCCACAAGGUGUGCCUGCUGGUUACCCAGCAGGUUCAGCAUAUCCUGGAGGUCAUAUGCCAGUAGGUGGUGGUAGUUAUUAUCCUGCCGGUGGACACGUACCUCAAGGCGCAACAUACUAUCCAGCUGGUGGUGUGCCAGCUGGUGCAACUUAUAUACCAGCAGGUGCAUCUCUACCACCGGGUGCUACUUACUACCCACAACAGCCGCAAUCAUCAUCUUCUGGUUUAGGUUUUGGUUCAGGUUUAGCCGCAGGUGCUAUUGGAGGAGCUAUACUUGGUCAUGUUUUAACUCCAACUGAAACCAGAGUUGUAGAACAUGCACCAGCUCAGAGUGGAAGUGCUGGUGGCGAUAGUAAAAUAAUUAUUA